CACUUAAUUACUCUAUUUUCGAUAAUUAUAGAAUGACAAAAAUAAAUUAAGAGAAAUUGAAUCAUGGAUGGAUCAAGUGUAAAACCCCAUUUCGGCAAAAUCAAGAACAACCACAAUUAUUAAUGGAUCGAGAAUCACUGGAGAAACGGCCUGCGAUCUUUGUUGUCGGAUCCCCCGACGUCGGUAAACGGACCAUACUCUCACGACUACUUAAGGUGGAUUUUGGCGAUGCCUCUGAUACGUUACCUGAGUUAUCUGUCAAUGGGUGGACAAUCAACACAAAGUAUUAUACAGCAGAUGUUGCAGUUUGGACAGCUAAUCUUUCUAAUGAGCUAUCCAUUGCAAGCUUUCCUGAUGUGAACCGGAUAGUUGCCUUGGUUAUGGUGUUUGACACCAGUGACCUCCCAACACUAGUUGCUCUCAAAGAAUGGGUUUCGCGCACUGACAUCCAGAAGUUUGAUAUACUACUCUGCAUUGGUAACAAGGUGGAUCUUCUUCCUGAUCAUCCAUCGCACGUGGAAUACAAGAGACGCUUGAUGAAGCUUGGUGAAUCCUCUGUCAGUUCUAAUGUGGACUUCUCUGAUUAUGGUAUAUCUGAGACUGAAGGAAGUAGUUUAUUGGGGAACGAAGAGCCAUCCUUGGGAUUUAAGAGAUCUUGCAUAGAGUGGUGUCUCGAACACAAUAUUGAAUAUGUUGAAGCUUGUGCAUCAAAUGCUGAUUUUGACCAAUGUCUCUCUGUCGAUGGUGAUUCACAGGGUAUUGAUAGACUUUAUGGUGCUCUCUCUGCUCAUAUGUGGCCAGGAAUGUUGUUGAAAUCUGGUGAUAGGAUAAACGAGCCUUCAUUGCCUGAGCAAGAAGAGUUGUCCGAAGAAGAAGAAUCUGACUAUGAACCUGAAUAUGAAAUAUUAUCUCCUGCUUCAGCAGAACAAUGGGAUGAUGUAGGAUGGAUGUCUGCAGAUGGUCCUGUUUCUACCUCAGGAAGUGGGAGGCCUAUGGAAAAGGAUCUUGAUACUUCAGGUAGAGAGAGUGAAGCGAAAUCCAGCAGAGAAGAGAAUCAGCCAUCAACAUCAGCCUCUCAGUUGUGCAAAGAGCUUGACCAUGAAAAGACAUCUAUGGCCUUCGAAACAAACCCAAUGUCAGAGCUCGAUAAUGAGAAGACUUAUGAAAUCGAAGAUUUGGAAACUCUAAUGGCUGAAAUUGGUAACGUUCGCAAUGGCUUGAGGUUGAUGCCUGACUUCCAGAGGAGGGAGAUGGCUGCGAAGCUGGCCAUGAAAAUGGCUGCAAUGUUUGGAGACAGUAGCGAUGGUGAGGAGGAUUUGGUUGAUUAGAGCGAAAAGAGUAUACCAAUUAGACUCCGAUUUAAAUCCUAUAGUUUGUCUAUCGCCGUAAAGAAAAAGCAGAAUCAGCUUGCCUACGUAUUUAAAGAGAAGCGGGCGACUAUCAACUGUUGUUCACUUGCACUAAGCACUGUCUUUGAGCAAUGGGAAAAGCACAAGUGAAGUUUAGAGGUUAGUUCUCAAAAGAACAUGACGCUAUUAUUUGGGUUUAGUGAAUUUAUGUGUAAAUGGGUAAAAGUUUUUGUGUGCAAUAUUAAUAAAACUCCCAUGAUUUCUUGA